GCUCCGUCUGCGCCGGGGAGGCGGAGGGGAGGAGGGCUGCGGGGCCAAGGCGUUAGCUGCGUCCCGGCUCGGAGCCCGCGAAGAGGACUAGGAGGAAGGCGCCGCCGUGGCCGCGGCCGCAGAGCUCUGGGCGCGACAAACCAUGAGCAGCGGCUCCGCGGGUGACCCUGCUGUCGCUGGCCGCCUCUGAUCCCGGACGAGAGACAGCUCGGAGCUCCCCAGCACCCUCCGCAGCCGGCACCCUCGCGCCCAGAGAAACAUGAUUCCAGUGACAGAAUUCCGGCAGUUCUCUGAGCAGCAGCCUGCCUUCCGGGUGCUGAAGCCGUGGUGGGAUGUGUUUACCGACUACCUGUCAGUGGCCAUGCUGAUGAUCGGUGUGUUCGGAUGUACUUUACAGGUCAUGCAAGACAAGAUCAUUUGCCUUCCGAAAAGAGUUCAGACUUCUCAGAACCACUCUUCUGUUUCAAAUGUCUCUCAAGCAGUUGCCGGGACCACCCCCCUACCUCCACCUAAACCAUCUCCGACUAACCCCGUCACUGUGGAAAUGAAAGGCCUGAAGACAGACCUGGACCUUCAGCAGUACAGUUUCAUAAACCAGAUGUGCUACGAGCGUGCCCUCCACUGGUAUGCCAAGUAUUUCCCUUACCUUGUUCUCAUCCAUACCCUGGUCUUCAUGCUCUGCAGCAACUUUUGGUUCAAAUUCCCUGGCUCCAGCUCUAAAAUAGAACAUUUCAUCUCCAUCCUGGGGAAGUGUUUUGACUCUCCCUGGACCACACGGGCUUUAUCGGAAGUGUCUGGGGAGGACUCAGAAGAGAAGGACAACAGGAAGAACAACAUGAGCAGGUCCAACACCACCCAGUCUGGUCCAGAAGGCAGCCUGGUCAACUCUCAGUCGUUAAAGUCAAUUCCUGAAAAGUUUGUGGUUGAUAAAUCCACUGCAGGGGCUCUGGAUAAGAAGGAAGGGGAGCAAGCAAAGGCCUUAUUUGAGAAGGUGAAGAAGUUCAGGCUACAUGUAGAAGAAGGAGACAUACUCUAUGCUAUGUAUGUUCGCCAGACUGUACUUAAGGUUAUAAAAUUCCUAAUCAUCAUUGCAUAUAACAGCGCCCUGGUUUCCAAAGUCCAGUUUACAGUGGACUGUAAUGUUGACAUUCAGGACAUGACUGGAUAUAAAAACUUUUCUUGCAAUCAUACCAUGGCGCACUUGUUCUCAAAACUCUCCUUCUGCUACCUAUGCUUUGUAAGUAUCUACGGAUUGACGUGCCUUUACACCUUAUACUGGCUGUUCUACCGGUCUCUAAGGGAGUACUCCUUUGAGUAUGUCCGGCAGGAGACUGGAAUUGAUGAUAUUCCGGAUGUGAAAAAUGACUUUGCUUUUAUGCUUCAUAUGAUAGAUCAGUAUGACCCUCUGUAUUCCAAGAGAUUCGCAGUGUUCUUGUCUGAAGUAAGUGAAAACAAAUUAAAGCAGCUGAACUUAAAUAAUGAGUGGACUCCCGAUAAACUGAGGCAGAAGCUACAGACGAAUGCCCAUAACCGGCUGGAGUUGCCUCUUAUCAUGCUCUCUGGCCUUCCAGACACUGUGUUUGAAAUCACCGAGUUGCAAUCUCUAAAACUUGAGAUCAUUAAGAACGUAAUGAUACCAGCCACCAUUGCACAGCUAGACAAUCUCCAAGAGCUCUCUCUACACCAGUGCUCUGUCAAAAUCCACAGCGCUGCACUCUCUUUCCUAAAGGAAAACCUCAAAGUCUUGAGCGUCAAGUUUGAUGAUAUGAGGGAGCUGCCCCCUUGGAUGUACGGACUCCGGAAUCUGGAAGAGCUCUACCUGGUUGGCUCUCUAAGUCAUGAUAUUUCAAAAAAUGUCACCCUUGAGUCUCUGCGGGAUCUCAAGAGCCUUAAAAUUCUCUCUAUCAAAAGCAACGUUUCCAAAAUCCCUCAGGCAGUGGUUGAUGUUUCCAGCCAUCUCCAGAAGAUGUGCAUACAUAACGAUGGCACCAAGCUGGUGAUGCUCAACAAUUUAAAGAAGAUGACCAAUCUGACAGAGCUGGAACUGGUCCACUGUGACCUGGAGCGCAUUCCUCAUGCUGUGUUCAGCCUGCUCAGCCUCCAGGAAUUGGACCUCAAGGAAAAUAAUCUGAAAUCUAUAGAAGAAAUCGUUAGCUUCCAGCACUUGAGAAAGUUGACAGUGCUAAAACUGUGGCAUAACAGCAUCACCUAUAUCCCAGAGCAUAUAAAGAAACUCACCAGCCUGGAGCGUCUGUCUUUUAGUCACAAUAAAAUAGAGGUGCUGCCUUCCCACCUCUUCCUAUGCAACAAAAUCCGAUACUUGGACUUAUCCUACAAUGACAUUCGAUUUAUCCCACCUGAAAUCGGAGUUCUACAAAGUUUACAGUAUUUUUCCAUCACUUGUAACAAAGUGGAGAGCCUUCCAGACGAACUCUACUUUUGCAAGAAACUUAAAACUCUGAAGAUUGGGAAAAACAGCCUGUCAGUACUUUCACCGAAAAUUGGAAAUUUACUAUUUCUUUCCUACUUAGAUGUUAAAGGCAAUCACUUUGAAAUCCUCCCUCCCGAACUGGGUGACUGUCGAGCUCUGAAGAGAACUGGUUUGGUUGUGGAAGAUGCUCUGUUUGAAACUCUGCCUUCUGAUAUCCGGGAGCAAAUGAAAACAGAAUAACUUAUUUUUGUUUAAAGUUUGACUGAAACAUGCUUCUACCAAAUACAGUAUAAAUAAUUAGGUAGUCUUAAUGCCUUUCCUAUUUUAUGUUUGUUUUUUUUUUCUUUUCACACGAAACAAAAUGUACACAAAAACUGAGUAAGGAGUAUGUAUUUUUUAAUAAAAAUUUAAUUGUAUUUUUUCAAUAUUAA